AUGUCUGUAAAAAUGUUACCAUCGAAUUAUUACGAAGAUGACGAAGACGAAGAACUGAAUGAGGAUCAAAAUAUAUGUUGGAGCAAUUUAUUGUUUCUUCCUUUCAAUCCAACUUUCAAAGCCAUCGUCUUGGUUGUUGUUAUUAUAAAGACUGUUUUGGGUCCGAUUCAAGCUGUAUAUCCGAUAGUAUAUUGUUGGGAUACAUUGGACUAUGACACCAGUUUAAUACUCUUGAAAAGCGCUUAUUUGUAUUUAUGUGAUCCUAUCUACAGCAUUGAUACUUUAUUACAUAUUCUACACAGGCAAAUAACCGAAGAGGCAUUAAGAAGAGAAUACUUGCCCAAGUCAGGUUUUUUGAUAUUAUUAGAUAUAAUAUCUUUGAUACCGUUCUUUAGUCUUCUGCGAGAUGUACCAUGUGCACGGAUACAAUUCUCCCCAAACAUUUAUGCUUUUACAGAAAUUGUAAUUAUUUACAGAAUAGCAGACUAUUUUUCUAUAUUAAGUUCGCAUAAGCCAUGGCAAAUUAUUGUUGGAUAUACAAUAGUUUUUAUCAUAGCUAUCAACGGUCUCACGUGCUUCUUUUUGCUUUUAACUUUUCUUGGAUUCUGCAACAAAUGCGAUGUUGGAAUUUACGACUGGCGGAAAUUCGUUUAUCGUAAGUUAAAGGAAACAGAUCUAUCGUAUUCAACGUAUAUAUACGCCUACUCAUAUAUUUUAACAUUUUUCAUGAACGAUCAAAUUGAUGACACUAAACCUUCGACUAUAAAAGAAUACAUUUUUAUGAAUUUAUUGAUGAUUGUUGGCUACAUUUUUAUAACGUUUGUAAUUAUCCCAAAAAUGGUUGCUGAAUCGAUGCUUAAAUUCCGACGUAUGGGUUCGUUUUAUCGGAAAGUUCAGAAAAUUAUUGAAGAAACUAAAAGGAGGAAUAUUUCUCCAAAAGCUCAUAUUGAUGUAAAACAGUUUUAUUGUUUAAUGUGGAAGAAAAGAAGUGGAAUUACGAGUACUCCAGAAGUUAUUUCAGAAAUACCUCGAUAUUUAAGACUCGAAAUUCGACAGGAUUUAGUUUGGCCAGUAUUUUAUCACAGUCCUACGUUUCGAAAAACAUCUUCCCCCUAUAAGCGUUGGUUAUGUGAAACUAUUCGCAUGGAUUUUAAGCUACCUGGUGAAAAAUUUUUCGCUGGCCCUAAUUGUAAUACUCAUCUUUACUACAUUAAAUCUGGUAAAUUGCAAUUAAUUUCCAGUGAUGAUGGCGUAACGCCGUUGAUAACUUUAACAAGUGGAACUCUAAUAGGGGAUAUAAGUUUUUACGUUCCGCCACAAAAACGAAAAGUAAUCGCCCAGUGUAUCACGUACUGCGAAGUUUUGUAUAUAACACGGGUUGAUAUUUUGAAUUCUCUUCAUAAACAUCCUGUAGAUCGUAAACUAAUUUUAAGUCAAGCCAUGGAAAGGAUCAGGCAUGCAAAAACUUUAUACACUUGUAAACAACACGUAAGAGGUUUAGAUAGAUCGGAAGAUGAGGGGCUUGCUUGGGUAAAAAAGCGCUGGUGGGAGAUCUCAGAUAUCGUUCGUAAAUCUAAAAGAUUUUACACUCGAAGAGAUGUUUUCCGAUGCCAGAUGCCAGCAGAAGAUAAUGUUUAUCAUUGUUCUAAAUAUAUUGGUCAACUCGUGCUUUCUAGUGAAAAACAGCUGUUAACUAAGUCUUCUUUUAUUUAUACAAGGUUUCCCUGGAUUUUUGUUCCGAACUCAUGUUUCACUUUGGCAUGGCAUAGAGUAGUUGUAAUCACAGUGGUUAUGGUUCUAAUAUUUUAUCCACCAUAUCUUUCGACUUCCGCAGCACCUGUAUGGUUUGAGUUCUUUCAGUUUUGGACUAAUCUUAUUUACUUGUGCGAUAUUUGCGUGACGGUGCUCACAGGGAUGGAGGACCAGGAAAAUAUAGGCGAUAAUUAUACGAUUGUUAUAUUUGCACAUUGUAAAACUGUGAAAUUUAUAUUAGACGUGUUGUCUUCUGUUUGGAUAGAAACUUUUGCAGUUAUAAGUGGUUUUCCGCAACUGUAUAAUCCUCUUCAAUUUAAUAGAUUAAUUAAAAUUUACAUAUUGUUUUCAAAAUGGGACUUACACAACGAUCCUUUUCUUCACGUCAAUAUAAAAAUUGGGCUUAUUAUCGUCUCCUUUAUUUAUAUAUCUGCUUAUUUUUUAUUUAUGAUCGAUCGUGCAUAUCCAUUACUGAGCACGCCGUAUUUUUUUGGCGAAUUUUUUUGUGACGUGUCCGUUCCAAAAAGUGAAUGCCAAUUGGAAAAAAUCCAUCCUUUUUAUAUAGUUUUGGCUUGGUUGCUAGAAUUUAUAUUUUACGAAUGCUCACCUCAAACUUUAAUGGAUACUUAUAUCAUAACAAUUGUUACUUAUUUAGCUUUCUUGUUUUAUAUCAAUGGAAAGACUGAUUUAGUAGCUAUGUUUUACUUGAAGUACAGAGAAAUUCUUAACUAUCAGUACUUUGUGGACAAUAUCAAGGACCACUAUCGACAUUUUAAAAUUCACCCUGGCUUAUUAUCACGGCUAAAUAAAUAUUUAAAUUGCCAUUGGAAGUACUUUAACGGAAUGGAUGUUUUACAUCCAAAUUUAUUAAAGAAUGAACCGUACGAUAUAUUUUGGAAACUACACGGAGAAGUUGCUGAAAAAAUAAUAAAGGAAUCAUGCGCAUUUGCAUUUGCGGAUCAUUCAUUAAUAAGAGAAUUAGCGUACAAAGCGAAAUUCUUGUUGUUACCGAAGAAUUGUACGUUGUCAGUAUUUGGAGUUCAUACGAAAACGUUGACAUGGGUUGUGCAAGGCUAUAUCCUAUCAGAGUAUCAUGAUCUUCACGGUGAUUUACAUCAAAGAACUUAUAAUCCUGGAGAAUUCGUUUCAACAUGUGCAGUUUUCUUGGGUAAGCCAAGCCUAAGGACUGUGUAUGCAUACACUGAAUGUGAGGUCUUGUAUGUGAAAGUUCGAGAUUUUUUUAACAUUCUAAAACACUUUCCCAACGAAGUAAUUCACUUCGAGAUGUGUUUAGAGAAAUUUGGACCCACAUACGACAAAAUGUUAGGGGAUCAUAUUAAAAAAUAUAAACAUGACCGCAAGAGAUCACGAUUUUCUGUUAGUUCCGUAAAGCGACCACACGGAAUACAACAUAAAUCGAGGUCUCGUUUAAAAUUGUAUAAUUUUAGUCAUUGGUGGUUUGAUCCAAGUUCAAGGUUUAUUCAGAUUUGGAUGAUUUUAAGAGUCAUGAUUGCUAUCCUUGCAAUCGUGGUCACGUCGUUGCAAGGAGGAAGCGGAGCAUGUAUUAGAAAGCCUUUAAAAACGAUAGGCGACGUUUGUGAUUUCAUUGGCUAUGUGGAUAUAUUCAUAAAAUGCCUCCUGGCUUACUAUGACGGAAGGGGUUUGCUCAUAACCGAUUUAAGUAAACGACUCAAACAUUACAUUAGUCGGGGUUUCAUUCUCGACGUGAUUGGUUGCGUUCCCUUACACCCACUCAUCAAUGUUAUAUUAUCGAGACAAAUCGACGGCAAUGAGGAAGCUUUGAUCAACACAACGUCGAAAUUUGCUCUAAUGUAUCUCAUUUUGGGAUAUUUCAAUUAUUUAGCUGAUUUGCCGCAUAGGAAUAAUGCGUUGUAUAUGAUAUUAAAGCUACAAGUAUUGACGAUACUAGUGUUACUUGGAACGAGUCAUUAUUUUGUGAGUAGAUGUAUUUCUUUCAAUUGGGAUAGUGACGGUAACUUGCAAAAUAUGACAAGCAGGGAGCACUGCUGGCUACCGAGCUAUCUAAAGCUUGAUAAACACCCGACUAUUCAUCAGUUGCAUGUGGUAUAUGCGGAAAGCUUUAAUCUCGCUCAGGGUGGUCUCAUGAGAUUCAACCUUGGCAAAUUUCGCAUAGACCGUGAAUAUUUCGGAAUGGGAAUCGUUUUAUGUGUUCUUGGUGUAAUGUUCUGGUAUGUUAUGUGCUACUCCCUGACUCUACUCGUGUUAAACUUUCGUGGCAACACGAUUUUCCAACACGCAGUUAGUCAAUUACGAAGAUUCCUACAAGCGGAAAGAGUUGAAAAUAAAAUAAUUGACGGUGCUAUCGCUCAUUUUCGAUAUUGGUGGUUCAGAACGAAGGGAAUAAAUAUUCAAAACCUCAUGAAUGAGCGCAUCGGUGUUGUAUUCCGACAAGACUUGGCUUACUAUUUCUUUAAAAAUACAAUAGAAACUGCGGACACAUUAUUACGUGGUGGAGAGAAUUUGCAAAGACAAAUAGUUAGUGUGGCUGUACAAUGGUACUUCUUGCCGGAUCAGACGAUAAUUCGCGAAAUGGACUUAAGUCCCUGGGUGUAUAUUAUUCAUAGAGGAAAUAUCAUCAUAAAACAAGAUAAUCAGCUAUUGGCAAAAUUGUCACAGGGUUCCAUUUUCGGCCAGUUAGAUGGAAAUAAGCCAAGGCCGGUUCGGAUUACAGCUGUUUCGGAUGGUUACGCCGAUUUAUUGCAAAUUCCUAUUAAAGACUUUCAGGAAAUUAUCGAGGACGAGGUUAGAGAAAUAAUUUUCAACAACCCAGAAUCCAAAUUCGACUAUUUGGCAGCAAAGAAGACCGUUGUCGAUACUCCCUAUAACACCAUUCCGUAUAUACUCCGUGGACGUAAAACUAUAAAACUUCCAUGGAUGAAAGAAUCAUUCCGAGCUAGGACUAGCUCCUGGUAUGCUCGUUGGUUAUGCUUCUGUUGGCUAUUCCUUCCACUCGCGUCUGCAUUCAUUGUACUUCUUGCAAAUGCUAUGCCAGAAGUUGAGGGCUAUAUCUAUUGGAUGCUUUUCGUGUUGGAUGUUUUGUUUGCUUUGUAUUUGGUGUCAGAAUUCUAUACGUUGGAACUCCAGAUUGAGAAUGAUAGAUGUGUGGAGAGAAUUAUUAAAUUUAGAAUGUUCAAGAAAUGGGGUUAUUAUGUCGAUAUUUUGUCUUUAAUUCUUCCGAUUUUCACUCAUAUAACUGGAAACUGGAACUAUAGAUUUGCAAGAUUGUUGAGAUUGAGGUUAUUUUAUUAUUUCCAUCUUCAUUUUUGUAAAGGAUUUAAGAGUCAAGUUGCGCCCGCUGUGUUAAAAUUUGUUAUCGUAUUUUUAACGAUUCACGGCAUGACCUGUGGUUGGAUAUCUGUUGCGUGCCACCACAAGAAGUUCCCUCUAGAACUAGAAGUAGUACCACGAGAUGUAAACCGAACGAUUGAUUACGACGAGUGGGCGAACCCAAGAGACAGGCGGGGAGGUUGCGCACGCAUGACAAAGGAAUAUUAUAACUUUAACGGGACCUGGAUAUCCAGUUUUAUUGUUCCAAGGAAUUGGACGUCAGAUUAUAUAGUGGCCAUGACGUACAUUUUGGUCAUGUACACGCAUACUGAAAUCGACGUUGUCCUUGCUAUUACUCUAGAGGAGAUCUAUUACAAAGUAUUUAUAAAUCUAAUCAUCUAUCCCUUCGAAAUUUGGAUAUUGAGCAUCGCAAUAAGUGCAACGUAUACGAAGUUUCGUGAGUUGUACACAUAUGAUUAUGAUGUUGAGAGUCUCGUAUUGUACUUGGAGCAUACGGGAUUAUGUCCAGUUUUGCUUGACUCACUGAAGAAUUAUACUAAACAAUUGUGGGAGAGACAAAGAGGAAACUGGCUUCCCGAAUUAGCUCAGCAAGCCCCUCAAUGCCUCCGAGAGGACAUGCUGAGUGCUCUGUACAUGCAUCAUUUGGAAAUGCCCACACUAUUUAGAGAGCUACCCGAAUAUUUUAGACGACAACUGGUCACUAAGCUGCAAAGGGUCGUUAUUUUUCCUGGUAAAUUCAUAGUUCAAGAAGGAGAUAUAUUUUCAUGUAUGUAUUUUAUACAUGAAGGUGAAGUUGAAAAAUGGUAUACUGAUAAAAGUGGUGAAAAGAAGAUGCUUUCAUUGCUAACUACAAAUGGAUAUUUCGGCUUGAUUCCGGGCCUGUUUCCAAAUACGCCUUACCAGUUUUCUUACUAUUCACGAACGGUGGUAGACUUUGUUUUCCUUCGAUUUCACGAUUGGCAAGAGUUGCUACAUGGGUAUCCAAAAAUCAAAUAUGAUUUAUAUACGGGAGCCAAGCUGUUGAAAAAGGAGCUGCAAAAGAAUUUUAUGUUUUAA